AUGGCGACCAAGCUAGGGCGUUCCCCGCAGGCGACGCGGAGGGGUGAUCGCCGUGACCCUCCGAAAAGUGGACGACGGCUACCGUAUACAGAGUGGAUACGGCUAAAGAAGCAAGCUCAAAGACGGAAGAGGAGAGAGGAACAAAGGACCACCACGAAACUAAGGGUUGGCACACUGAACGUGGGCACUAUGACUGGAAGAGAAAGAGAAGUCGUGGACAUGAUGGAAAGGAGAAAAAUCAACAUCCUGUGUGUACAAGAGACAAAGUGGAAAGGGGAAAAAGCCAGAGAAAUGGGAAAUGGGUACAAAAUGUACUACGUAGGACAUGAGGCAAAGAGAAAUGGAGUCGGGAUAGUGCUGGAUCCAGAAAUGAAGGAAGGUGUACUACAGGUACAUAGAAAGUCAGACAGGGUUAUGUGGGUGAAGAUGGAACUUGUGAAGGAGGUCGUCAACAUUGUAUGUGCAUACGCCCCACAGGUAGGGUGUGAUGCGGAGGAAAAGGAAAUUUUCUGGAAGAACAUGGGAGAAGUCAUGCUAGAGAUCCCAGGGACGGAGAAAGUCUGGAUAGGAGCGGACCUUAAUGGUCAUGUAGGAGGAGGAGUGGAUGGGUAUGGAAGCAACAUCGGGAAGUUUGGAUUUGGAACACGGAACGAAGAAGGGGACAAAAUUCUGGAAUUUGUGGCGGCAAACAAUCUUGCGAUCACAAACACCUACUUCCAGAAAAGCGACUCCAGAAGGAUCACCUAUACCAGUGGCGGUGUGAAUUCCCAAGUGGACUACAUCAUCUGCAGAAGGAGUGAGCUAAAAAGGGUACAAGACUUCAAGGUACUGCCAGGAGAAGCCGUAGCAAAACAACACAAAGUAGUCACCUGCACAGCGACAGUCAAGGCAGAGAAAACGAAGAAGAGAGAAAGGACAAGGAAGACACGAUGGUGGAAACUGUAUGAGAGCGAGCAUAGAGAGAAGUUUGUGGAAAAGGCAAUGGCGGCAAUCAAUGAACAACGAGAGAAAUCAUGGGAAGAAACCAGCAGAGUGUUAAAAGAUACAGCGAAGGAGAUUUUGGGGGUAACAUCAGGGAAACCAGGAAGAAAGGAGGAAACGUGGUGGUGGUGCGACGAGGUACAAGAAGCAGUAAAAGUGAAAAAGGAGAUGGAAAAGCAAAAAGACUUUAACAGGUGCGAGGAGACAAUAGAAGCUUACAAAGCGGAAAACAAGGCAGCAAAGAGAGCGGUAGCAAGGGCAAAAACAGAAGCAUACAAAGAUUUGUAUGACAGCCUGACAGAUGACAAUGAAGGACAAAGGAAAGCGAUCCGUAUUGCAAAGCAGAAACAUCGGGAAUCGCAAGAUGUGUACCAGGGCAAGCAGAUGAAGGAUGCGAACGGAGUAGUCUUGACAGAUGAAAAUGACAUCAAGGAGAGAUGGAGAACAUACUUCGAACAGCUGAUGAACGUGGAAAAUGACAGAAUUGACAGAGUGAUAGAAGCAAGACCCGAAGAGGUGAUAGAUGUGAUAACAGCUGAGGAGGUGGAAAGAGCAUUGAGGAAAAUGAAGAAGGGCAAGGCAACAGGCCCGGAUGACAUCCCAGUGGAGGCAUGGAAGGUCUUAGGAAGGACAGGUGUCAUCAUACUGCUGGAAAUCUUCACCAUGAUAAUGGAAACUGAGAAAAUGCCUGACGAGUGGAGAGAGAGAGAGCUAAUACCUAUCUUUAAGAAUAAAGGAGACAUCCAGGACUGCGGAAAUUACAGAGGAAUCAAGCUGAUGGCACACACGCUGAAAAUGUGGGAGAGAGUUAUAGAGGAGAGAUUGAGAGAGAAGGUGGAGAUAUCAGAGCAGCAGUUCGGCUUUAUGCCAGGCCAGUCCACAACAGAUGCGAUAUUUGCCCAGAGACAGCUGAUGGAGAAAUAUAGAGAAGGCCAGAAGGGGUUGCACAGCGUAUUCAUAGACUUAGAGAAAGCAUAUGACAGGGUGCCAAGAACAGAGGUGUGGAAUUGUCUACGGCUAAAAGAAGUGCAAGAGAAAUACAUCCGGCUCAUUCAGGAUAUGUACGAAGGCAGCAAGGCAAAUGUAAAGUGCAUGGUAGGAACUACGGAAAGUUUCCAGGUUAAAGUUGGACUUCAUCAGGGAUCUGCACUAAGUCCAUUCCUCUUCGCCAUCGUCAUAGACUGUCUCACCGAAGCAGUUCAGAAGAUUGCCCCAUGGGACCUGAUGUUUGCAGAUGACGUUGCACUGAACGGGGAGACAAAUGAGGAUGUGGAAGAGGGGCUGGAGCAGUGGAGAAGAGCAUUGGAAGAUAGAGGGAUGAAGGUGAGCAGGCAUAAAACAGAGUACCUUUGUAUGGGGGAUCAAGAUCCAGAGAGAGCAGUAGAAAUGCAGGGUUUGAAGCUGAACAGAGUCCAAGAGUUUAAGUACCUUGGUUCCACAGUGCAAAGCGCCGGGGCAUCAGACAAGGAGGUUGGUAAGCGGAUACAGGCGGGAUGGAAUGCUUGGAGAAAGAUCACUGGGCUGCUAUGCGACAGACGGGUCCCAGCAAAGCUGAGGGGCCGGAUAUUUAAGACAAUGGUACGACCGGCGAUGCUGUAUGGGAUGGAGGCAGUCGCGGUAACGAAGGGACAAGAGAGGAAGAUGGAAGUAGCUGAGAUGAGGAUGCUACGAUUCUCACUGGGGAAGACAAGGCUAGACCGGGUACGAAACAGCACCAUCAGAGAGACAAUGGGGGUAGGCGAACUAGAGAAGAAGCUGAGGGAGUGCAGGCGCAUCGACGUCUCAGCGACGGCCGUGAAUGGCAAUUUGCCGUGGUCGACACGUGUGAAAUUACUCAUUGAUGCCAAUGGUUCAUUUCCGAAACCACGGCAUCAUGGCUUUCACAGAGUACAGCAAAAGGGCGAUGCAUCUGGAACGGACAGAAUGAAUAUAAAAACAUCUAGAACCCUGCGCUCCGUAGAUGCACAGGGGAUUCCAACAGACGGCCAACGACGUAAGGAGCGCAGUUUCCCGCGCGGAACAAGUGGCGAUCGCCAGGAAAGUGCACAGAAGACUGAACUCAGCCAUGGCCCCUGGAUCACCAUAGGAGAAAACCAAGGACACCAUUUUAUGCCCAUGGAAACUGAGUACGAUAUGACCCGUUAA